UUGAAAGGGGGUGCAGGCAGCAGAGCAAACUAGCAGUGCGAUGAUUAGACUGCAAGCACGUAGUUGAUCUGACAGAAAUCGCCUACCGCCUUAGAUCUACAACGGCCAGCGGCCGACCACGGGUCAGCCAUGGCGUCUAACGCGUUUGAAACGUACUGGAAGGUUUUGACAGAUAACUUCACAGACUUCCAGCUGGCGACCAUAGGAAGCUUCCUGAUUCAUGAGUGCGUCUUUUUCAUGUCUGGGCUGCCUUAUCUUAUCCUAGAGAAUCUUAAUGUCCGAAACUACAAGCUCCAGAAAAAGUCGAACCCGGCAUCGUCACAGAUCAAAUGCAUUCUGAAGCUGCUGAUGUACCACUGCCUCGUCAACCUACCGAUGAUCAUGGCGUCCUACCCGGUCUUCAAGUAUAUGGGCUUCAGGAGCACGCUUCCCCUCCCUCACUGGAGUACUAUCGUCACCCAGAUUGUGAGCUAUUUCCUUAUCGAGGAUUUCGUGUUUUAUUGGGGUCACCGUGCGCUGCACUCCAAAUGGCUGUACCAGAACGUCCACUGCGUCCACCAUGAGUACGCGACGCCGUUCGGGUUGACAUCCGAAUAUGCGCAUCCCGCGGAGAUCCUGUUCCUAGGCUUCGCCACCAUCCUCGGCCCAGCCCUCACCGGGCCGCAUCUGCUCACCCUCUGGCUCUGGAUGAGCCUUCGAGUCCUUGAAACUGUUGAAGCGCACAGCGGAUUCGAGUUCCCCUGGAGUCCCUCGCGCUUUAUUCCCCUUUAUGGCGGGGCGGAGUACCACGAUUAUCAUCACCGCUGCGUGUACACCGACUCGGGCAACUACUCGUCCACGUUCAUCUACAUGGACUGGAUCUUUGGCACUGAUAAGAACUACAGGAGAAUGAAGGCUUUGAAAGCAGGCAGUGCCAAGGACGAGGCGCCUACUACUAAUGGUACGAAGAAGGACUCUUAGACUACAGAAGGUUCCUAAAUAGACGCAUUCUUCCAGGCCUUGCAAUGCCAAGGCGUAACAUUCACGCCCUCGCUGAGGGCGUACUAGUUGGCUUGUUUUGUAUCUGUCAACCACUUCAUACCUACCACACGUUCCCAUCUUCUAGGCAAGGUGUACUAGGGGGCCAUAAGUCUUUCACCAUACU